AUGAUUGCCUUGUGGUGGGUUGAUUUUGAGGUUUGGAUGGAUGGAGAUGGGGAUGGAGAUGGAGAUGAAAUUGGAGAUGAAAUUGGAGAUGAAAUUGGAGAUGAAAUUGGAGAUGAAAUUGGAGAUGAAAUUGGAGAUGAAAUUGGAGAUGAAAUUGGAGAAGAUGAUUAUCAUUAUGAUUUGAUGAUGGAAUGUUUGAGAAUUGAGAAUUUCAGAGUCAGGAUGUGGAUACCGAGUAUGAGAGUGGAGACCCAAUUCGAGUUGAAUCGUUUGAUGAUUGAUGAUUUGAUCUUGGAUCCCGAUGCGCUCUGCUUCUUUUCUUGGGGAAUUAUGGAGAGAAGAGAGAGAGAGAGAGAGAGAGAGAGAGUUUCGAUUGAUGAAUGUGAAUGGGAAGAUGAUGGUGACGAUGAAGAUAAUGGCGAUGAUGGUGAUGAUGGUGAUGAUGUUGAUGUUGAUGUUGAUAUCUUUUGA